AUGGUUAAAAGUAACAAAUUAUCAAAUUUAUCUGUUGGCAAAAGAGUUAGGGUUGAGUUAAUCGAUUUAAAAUUAUUCAUUACCAGACCCUCAUUAUUUUAUAAGUCACCAAAAGUUCAAAAAACCAUCCCCACAAAUAAAAAAACAACAACCAAAAAAAUAUCACUUAAAAAAAAAUCAGUAAAGAAAGAAUCAAUUAAAAAAACAACAAAUAAAAUAACAAAUAAAAAAUCUAUUAAAAAAAUCAAAGUUUCAAAUUCAACCGCAACCAAUCAAACCGCAACAACUAAUACACCAAUUGUACAACAAUGUAAUAAUGUGGUUUAUAAUUUAUGUAUUGAUAAUUAUAUUACUGGAGGAACUGCUUUCUGGAGUCUAGGUGCUGCUGUUUUAACAAUUGAUAGUACUGAUAGAAUCGGAUCUGUUUUUUCCAAUAAUUUAUUGGACAUUGAAAAGAGCUUUACCGUAGAAUUUUCAUAUACUAUGGAGACCAAUGGAACUGAUGGAUUGUCAUUUAUCAUUCAUAAUAGUCAAUCGCAACAUCCAUUUGAAUUCUAUAGAUUAUUGGAGGGUGGCUUAUUGGGAUAUAAUACUCAAGCAGAAGGUGGCAUUUUGGCAGUAGAGUUUAAAACUGUUUUAACCGACGAUAUUGAACAACCAGAUUCCAAUUGUAUUACCAUUAAAUCAUCAGUCGAGUCUGUAAACUCCUUAACAAACACAGUUCUUUCAUUCAGUUCAAAUAUUAUAAAUUUUAACAAAACAAAUAACGUUAGAUUAAGUUAUGACUCUGUUUCAUUAAGUAUCUCUAUAGAUUUAAAUAAUCAAAGACUUUUAAGUAAUAUUGCACUUCCAGCCAAGCUUGCACAUAAAGGUUAUAUGGGUUUCACUGCUGCUACUGGUUACUGUAUUCAAAAACAACAAAUUAACAAUUGUAAAAUUACAAUUUUAAAUUAA